UUAGCUUUAUAUCUGCUUGAGGUGAAGCUUUUCAGUCACAGAUCUCAGUGGAAUUAAAUAUAGAGAAAGGCCUAUAGGAAAGAUAAAGAUAUAAAGUUGAGGGAUCUUUUUAUUUUCACAUCCUCUUAUAUUUUUAAAACACAUACAACAUGCUUCAAAGUUUGCUUGGACUUUUUUAUCUCUCUGCAGUUUCUGAGUUAGUGACUCUCACAGGUACACGAGCUGAAUGUCCUUUAAAGCUCAACCUACAGAGUGUUGUUGUGGAGUACGGCAGCUCUGUUUCAGUGGAUUGUAGCACUGAUGUCACACAUGAUGGGAUGGGCUGGGAAUCCUGGGUAGGAUCAGUAUCCAUGACCAAAGACAAACUGAUCACCUGGAGAGUGUCCAACCUGAGACAAUGGGACAUACGGUCACAGUGCUACAUAAACUACAAUAGAGCUCAAUGUUCAACUUAUCUCCCAAUCACGGUUUACAAGACUCCAGAUAGUGUGUCCAUCAGCACAGUGGAUCGACCAAUGAUUGAGGGAUCACAGUAUGAGCUCCAGUGUGAUAUUGUGAAUGUGGCUCCUGUUAAGAAUCUCACUGUGAAAUGGUUUAAAGGAGAGACAGAGGUGUAUACUGAGACCUUCAAUGACACCAUCAAGACUCCAGUGAAUGAAACAUCUACACUUCAGAUCACUGCACUCAGAGAUGAUGAUGGAGCUCAGUACAGAUGUGAAGCAGAACUGAAACUGGGAGAAGAUGGACCUCAACCUCCUCCUAAAGUGACAUCAGAACCUAUUCAGAUAACAGUACUGUAUAUUUGCGCUCUUCUUCAGUUCAACCCACCGAGUGUUGUUGUGGAGUACGGCAGCUCUGUUUCAGUGGAUUGUAGCACUGAUGUCAAACAUGAUGGGAUUGGCUGGGAAGCCCCUAUAGGAUCAGUACCCAUGACCAAAGACAAACUGAUCACCUGGAGAGUGUCUAACCUGAGACGAUGGGACAUACAGCCACAGUGCUUCAUAAACUACAACAGGGAACAAUGUUCAACUUUACUCCCAGUCACAGUUUACAAGACUCCAGACAGUGUGUCUAUAAAUACAGUGGAUAACAAAAUCAUAGAGGGCUUCCAGUAUGAGCUCCAGUGUAACAUUGUGAAUGUGGCUCCUGUUAAGAGUCUCAUUGUGAAAUGGUUUAAAGGAGAGAAAGAGGUGAAAACUGAGACUGUCACUGACCACAUCAAGACUCCAGUGAAUAAAACAUCUACACUUCGGAUCACUCCAAUCAAAUAUCGUGAUGAUGGAGCUCAGUACAGAUGUGAAGCAGAGCUGGACCUGGGAGUAGAUGGACCUCAACCUCCUCCUAAAGUGACAUCAGAACCUCUCAGGAUCAUCGUUUAUGGUACACGAGCUGAAUGUCCUUUAAAGCUCAAGCCACCGAGUGUUGUUGUGGAGUACGGCAGCUCUGUUUCAGUGGAUUGUAUCACUAAUGUCACACAUGAUGGGAUGGGCUGGGAAGCCACUGUAGGAGGAGUACCCAUGACCAAAGACAAACUGAUCACCUGGAAAGCGUCUAACCUAAAACGAUGGGACAUACGGCCACAGUGCUACAUAAACUACAAUAGGAUGCCACCUUGUUCAACUUAUCUCUCAAUCACAGUUUACAAGACUCCAGAUAGUGUCUCCAUCAACACAGAGAAUCACAGAGGACCAAUAACUGAGGGAUCACAGUAUGAGCUCCAGUGUGAUAUUGUGAAUGUGGCUCCUGUUAAGAAUCUCACUGUGAAAUGGUUUAAAGGAGAGACAAAGGUGAAAACUGAGACCUUCAAUGACACCAUCAAGACUCCAGUGAAUAAAACAUCUAAACUUCAGAUCACUGCAAACAGAUCUGAUGAUGGAGUUCAGUACAGAUGUGAAGCAGAGCUGGAACUAGGAGCAGAUGGACCUCAACCUCCUCCUAAAGUCACAUCAAAUUCUUUUCAGAUUACAGUACAGUAUUCACCAAAACAUAUUAAUGGAAAUGUGAUCAUCACGAAAACAGAUGGAGAGAUCACUCUGAACUGUACAGUAGCAGCAAAUCCACCUGCUACUUACUCCUGGUACUCAGAGCAUUUGACAGGGCCAAUAAAUUCAGCAGUGCUCUCAUCCUCUACACUGACUCCAGGAAACUACACAUGCACUGCUACAAACACUCUGGGAAGAUCCCAAAAAAGAUUCUUCAUUAAUUCUGAAGGCAGUCGCACCACAUUCAUGGUUAAUCUCACUUUUCUUCAGCUGCUGGUUGCUUUAAGGAUUGUCAUGUGAGGAAGAUACAAAAGGAUACUCUCAGAAGAUUAAUUCCACUUCUUUUUUUAAAGCAACUUGUUCACUUUCUUUAAGAUCUGACAGUCACUGUUUUGCAUCAAAAUCUCACGAACGUGAAACAUUGUGGAUAUUAUUCAUGACCUAAACCAAUGUAUUGUGUAAUUUUUAGGGAUGGACCAAUAUACCAGCCCAUAAUUGGUAUUGGCAGAUAAAAGAAUUUACAUUGGCCGCAUUAUUUUGAAUUGGGUAAAAAUGACAGCAAAAUUGCAGUUUGUAUGAAACAGUAAAAAUUGAAACCAUCAGUGUUGAAAAAACUAUGAAAACAUGAAUGUAUUAAUUAUUCUGUCACAACCUUCUGUACCAUCUGCAUUUCUGUGCUCAAUGAUAGUGAUCAAAGACUAUUGGCAGAGUUGUUUAUUCAGUACAGUGGGGGCUACAGGUGGUCUUCUGAUUGGUCAGUUUGAAUGUAUCAUGUUGGGUUUGUAGCAUUUCAAUUGUAACUUUACUGUUAUUAAACCUUUUCAUUUGGUAAA